GUGGGAGUGAAUCCUCCUGGGAUAAAGACAAGCUUCAGUCUCCCAUUACAACAGGAUCACAGCACAGCAUUGGUCAUCCCACACUGUCAGGGCAGUCGAGCCUUGGAAGUGCGCACCCACUCAGUCCUCUCCAGCAGAAUCACCUGCUCACCAACAGGAUAGACCUGCCGUUUAUGAUGAUGCCCCACCCUCUGCUUCCCGUCAGCCUACCUCCUGCUUCAGUUGCAAUGGCAAUGAAUCAGAUGAACCACCUCAAUACGAUAGCUAACAUGGCAGCAGCAGCCCAAAUGCACAGUCCUCUUUCCAGGGCAGGGGCCUCUGUUAUAAAGGAAAGGAUUCAAGACAGCCCUUCUCCAGCUCCGUCUCUAGAAGACAGUCAGCGGCCGGGAAGCCACGCUUCCUCCCAUCAGAGCAGCAGCGUGUCCAGCUCGCCAUCCCAGUUGGACAACACACCAGAUAGAAUCGCUAUGCUGACCAACAGCAGGGAAGGAGAGCUCAUUGAUCAAGAAACUGGGACCAGCCUAAAAAAAAUACAAAAAGAGAAAGUGAGAGGCAGCAAGGGAAGAAGUGAUGUUUGCCCUGUAGUGAUUGUCCUGUGGGCAGUGAAGUGCCUCCUCGAUUCUCCCUGCAGAGAGGGCGUUGGGUACUGGAGAACACAAAUGUGUUGGUGUACGCAGGUUCACAAUUCUGCGGUCAGUACAAUAAGAGAAGGUGGUCUGGCCAGUUCACAGCUCAGCCUUCAGACGUGGGUUCCUGGGUUGUGCCCACAGGGCACCACCUACCCCAAAGCCGUUCCUGCUAGCAAAGGAAGCGGCGUUGUGCAGCCUGGCCGUGCAGUGCUGCGGUGCUCUCCUCGAGGAAUUAGGGUAUCAGAAAUGGGGUUUAGCUCGGUGGGAGCCUGGUUGCCGGUGCUGCUAAGCCGCUUGUUGCGUGCAGACUGGCUUGGGUCUUAUAUGGCACUGCGCCGUGUAAUAAGGACACAUCCUGGCUGA